AUGAAAAUAUUUUUUGUUAUUUUUGCUAUACUUGCUUGUUUUUCAUGUCCUAGUAUGCAGAGCGAUUUGGAGACGUACAUAGUUCAAGUCGAAUCACCAGAAAGCCAAAUUUCCACUCAAUCGUCAAGAAUGGAUUUGCAGAGCUGGUACAAAUCUUUCAUGCCAAAGACCAUAGAAACCGCUGACUCAGAGGAAAAGCCACGGUUGAUAUAUUCGUAUCAUAAUGUUAUCAUAGGCUUUGCUGCUAGAUUGUCAGCGAAGCAAGUGAAGGAAAUGGAGAAGAAACCAGGUUUUAUAUCUGCGUGGCCUCAGAGGAUAUUGUCCUUGCACACUACCCAUACUCCGAGUUUUCUUCAAUUGCAACAGAACGUUGGCCUGUGGAGGGAUGACAAAUAUGGAAAAGGUGUGAUCAUUGGAGUCUUGGACACCGGGGUUACCCCUGACCAUCCUUCAUUUAGCGACGAAGGAAUGCCUCCUCCACCUGCUAAAUGGAAGGGAAAGUGUGAUUUGAAUUUCACUGCAAAGUGUAACAACAAGCUCAUUGGCGCAAGGUCCUACAUAGACGACAAACAUUCGCCAAUAGAUGAUGAUGGACAUGGCACACACACCUCCAGCACAGCUGCAGGAAGUUUUGUGAAAGGUGCCAAUGUGUAUGGGAACGCUAAAGGCACUGCGGUUGGGAUUGCCCCUCUUGCUCACUUGGCCAUUUAUAAGGUCUGUCAAGAAUUUGGUUGCCCCGAUGCUGACAUUUUAGCUGGCAUGGAUGAAGCUAUUGAUGAUGGAGUAGAUAUCCUGUCCCUUUCCCUGGGUGGACCUAGCAGGUCAUUCUAUGAUGAUCCAAUUGCACUCGGGGCAUACAGUGCCGCAAAAAGAGGUAUUCUUGUAAGUUGCUCUGCCAGUAAUGAUGGUCCAUCCAAUGGAAUCAUAUCAAACGAAGCUCCGUGGAUUCUGACAGUAGGUGCAAGCACUAUUGACAGAGAACUUAAGGCCACCGUUAUGCUCGGAAACCAAAAACUAUUCGUGGGUGAAUCAGCAUUUAGUCCUAAGGUUCCCAUUUUGGAUUUUUUCCCUUUGAUUGAUCCUUCACUGAGUAAACUCAACUUUUAUAGCCCUUAUUGCGAACCAGGUGCUCUGAAUGAUCCUAAAAUUAAAGGCAAAAUUGUUGUGUGCAAGGUUGGGAAUGCUGGCAAUGUUGAAAAAGGACAAGCUGUAAAGGAUGCCGGAGGAGUUGGCAUGAUUCUUGUUAGUAUCCCUGAGUUUGGUUUCACCAAGUUAGCCGAUCCUCAUGUCCUUCCAGCUCUGUUUAUUACAUUCAAUGACGGAACGGAGAUCCUUCAAUACAUGAACUCAACAUCAGAACCAACUGCAAGAAUUUUGUUCCAUGGAACAAUAAUCGGAGAUAAAGAAGCUCCGGUGGUUGCUGCAUAUUCUUCUCGCGGACCUAGCAAAGCUACUCCUGGUAUCUUGAAGCCUGAUAUAAUUGGUCCCGGUAAUAACAUUCUUGCUGCUUGGCCUACCUCCGUUGACUACGAAAAACACACAAAAUCUACCUUCAAUAUUAUACAGGGCACCUCCAUGUCUUGUCCUCACCUCAGUGGAGUAGCAGCAUUGCUUAAAAGCACACACCCCACUUGGUCCCCUUCAGCUAUCAAAUCAGCAAUCAUGACAACCGCUAACACACUGAACCUCGCCAAUGUUCCCAUCUUAGAUGAAAGGCUCCUUCCUGCUGACAUCUUUGCCAUUGGUGCAGGACAUGUCAAUCCAUCGAGAGCUAAUGAUCCAGGACUAAUCUACGACACCCCAUUUGACGACUACCUGCCUUACCUGUGUGGUUUGAAUUACACAGAUCAACAGGUGGGAAGCAUCGUGAAACACAAAGUGGAUUGUAACAAAGUGAAACACAUUCCUGAAGCUCAACUAAAUUAUCCUUCAUUCUCCAUCGAAUUCGGGGAGAGUUCUCAGACAUAUACAAGAACAGUGACUAACGUCGGGGAAGCUAAAUCAUCUUACACUGUGGAAAUAGAUUCCCCACCCGGAGUCACUGUGAUUGUUAAGCCCUCUACUCUGAAAUUCUCCCAGUUGAACCAGAAGUUGAAAUACCAAGUGACGUUUACAAGAAGAGAUAAUAGCACAAACAGUGGUAUUGCUCAAGGAUUCUUGAAAUGGAGUAGUAAGAAGUACUCUGUAAGAAGCCCAAUCGCAGUUGUGCUACAGCCUACAAUUGGUUUCUAG